AUGGAGAUGAAAAUGAUGUCUGCGUUGGUUUUUGGGUUAAUGGUUAUAGUUGUCAACCAAGCAAGUCCUGCAUAUGGCGAUAUCACAUGCCGACAGGCCUUGAUGGAUUUGAAGCCCUGUGAGGCAUACGUGAAGGGGUCCUGCCCUGGGACUCAUAGGGCAUACGUGAAGGGGUCCGGCCCUGGGACUCCUCCGAUUAGUUGCUGCCAUGGUUUGAAAACUGUUUUUACUGCGGCUAACACCAGUGAAUCUCAGAUUAAACUCUCUAAAAUGCUUCAAGAAACAAUUGCUGGAAUGCAACUCAGACUUGACAGAAUCAUGCAGCUUCCUCAUUUAUGA